UUAGAGAGAGAUUUGCCUCAGUGGGAAAAAAUAUGUUUGAAAAUGGACAUGAAGCAGCAUUACACUGAGAGCAUUUUAAUCCUGUGCUGGUUUGCAUCCGUGGAUGUACUGUCUGGGCCUGCACAUGUCAAUGCGAAUCUCCCACAGUAGCUCACAUUCAUGUCUGUCUGAGCGAAGCUUUUCAGUCUUCAGCUCUCACUCUCUCCCUUCUCUCUCUCCGUCUGUUGCUCCCUCCGCCCCUUCCCUCUCAGUGUGAGCGUAGUCUGGGCGCCAAGCCAAGUGGAGUGUGUUUUUUUGAAUGAAUACCUGAUGCGGCUGAUGAGGCUGGCUGGGGGAGGAGUUGUGUCAGUAGAGUACUGAGAGAGAGAAAAAAACAGGAGGAGGAAGGGAGGGAGGGAGGUGGAGAGGGAAAGGAAGGGAGGCAGAAACACUCACUCACAGAGAGCAGGAGACAGAAAAGCAACCAGGCAGAGAGAGGGAGCUGGCGGACUGGUGGCCUUGCAUAACACUCACUGGAGCAGCCUUUCACGCAGGUCUCGGCGGGGUCUGCAGGACUGGGGAACUUCCUUUCACCGCCGGCCCUCAUUGCAAGGGGCAGAACAGCCUGUGAACCCAAAUCUACAGAGCUUCACGAGAGAGCUGCACAAAGGACAGUCAGGAAGAAGAAUCCUGGGAUAGAUAGAGACACACUGACACUGCCAGGAAGAACCCUUGGAUAUGAUCUGCAGGCUGUGGCCGUGGACAGACUGACGUUUGUCAACAUUGUAGAAGAGGCGGGUUGAUCAAAGAUGAUUCCUCAUGAAGUUUGUGGAGCUCAUUUUCUGAGCUGGAGUGACUCCAUCUUCUCUGCUGUGGCAGCUGUGGUUGUUCAUCAGUGAACACAAAGAGUCAGAGCCACAGAGAGCACACAGAGGCCCCUAAACAAUUCCACUGAGAAAAUAUUCUCAGAGGGACAAAGAAGUAGAACAAAAUAAAUUUAAGACCACUUGGGCACAAUGAAAGCAAAUCAAGAGAGGAGUAAUGGAUGCCUGCCUCCUAAGAAGCGUGAGAUCCUGGCACUGGAGCAGAGGCCAGUUGUAGUAGCUGCAGCUACACCUCCCAUUGCGGUGCCGACUGAUAUUACUCACACAGAAAACCUAGCUUGGCUUGCAAGUGUGGCCAGUGAACGCUGCAAGUCCGAGAAAGAAACAGAAAGCCCAAGAUGUCCUGUCCCCUCAACUUCUUCUUCUCCUACGACAUCUAUACCCUCCCCAGCAACUCCCCUUUCUGCAGUGCCCUUGGCCCCUCUGCCUGCAGUUUAUCCAGCUACCCUUCCCCAACAGGCUGGAACAAUCCAGUUUGCUCAUCUGGGACCCAACGUACAAUUCAUCAGCUCUGGGCCCUAUGCUGGGUACAUCUCCUCUCAUAUCAUUCAUAAUCAUAAUCAUCAUAGUUCUGCACCGAACAGCUCUGCAUUAGUAGGACAGCGCACCCAGAUAGAUGGUUACACCACUGCCCUCAUAUCCCCCAGCACCAAAGGGGAACAGCAGUUUCAAAUCGGACUCUCCCCUACAGAGUUGGCUCCUGUUACACUUCCAAGUUCACCCCAAGUAACCAAUCAGUACAUCCAUCUCGACAGCAGAACACCUUUGACUGUCAGCGGAAACGCUGUAGCAUCACCUACGGCUCACCUUCAGCUCCACCCUCAGGCAGCUGUCCUCCCGCAAACGCUUACUCUUGCCUCUUCACAGCUUGUGGUUCAGUAUGCAGAUGGUUCAGCUGGAAAGAAACCAGAAGGCCAUGCUAAGGGUGUGCUGAAUGGGGAAGUGGAAGUGGGCAAACAAGCCAAAUUCUCUGGAGCCAACCAUCAGCCAGUCCAGAGCUAUGAGGCCAGGCAUAUCCUCCUACCUGCUGACUAUGGCCAAAACCCUGCAGGUUUGCAGACCUCCUUGGUGCUUGUCGCACAGCCAAACCAUGGAGUGGAACAUGAAGCUGGCCCAAAUAAAAUUUCCCUGGUCCAGACUGAGAAAGGAAGCAUCUGCUUUGGGAAACCUGUAUCCAGAGCCUCUUCUUUCACUUCGCUUUCUUCUUCUGAGGUGAUCAAGUCUGUUGCUCCUCAUACUGUCAUUCACACCAGUCUGCCUCCUGAAGAACUGCCAGCCAGUCUCUACACUUCCACACAACCUCCCAUCAUUGGCUAUAUCACCAGUGCAAAUCAGCACACUGUCAGCUACCAUGCAGCACUGCCCCAGCACCUGGUCAUCCCAAGCGGCCAGUCCCUCCUCAUACCAGUCAGCAGUGCCAACAAUGGCACAGAAAUAGAGGUCAGUCGCAGUGUUAGCACCCUUACUGCCACUACUACUCCUCAAAUAUCAACUGCCAUGCCACAUGCCUAUCUGGCCACAGCUUUGUCCAAAUGUGAAGCUCUUGGCCCAGAUGGAAAUCAACCACCCUCACCACCACAGGCUGCAGCCUUGCCUGUACUGAACUCAAACCCAGUCCCUGCAGUAGUGGCAGCCCCAGCCCAAGCUCCUACUCCUGUUCCCACUUCUUCCCCAGCUUCUGUCCAAGCCUCCCCCUCCAUCACUUCGUCUCCCGUGGCACUUCCUCCCUUCUUCAUGCGAGGCUCUAUCAUCCAGCUGGCUGAUGGGGAGCUUAAGCGUGUGGAGGAUCUCAAGACAGAAGACUUCAUCCAAAGCGCUGAGAUCAGCAGUGAGCUGAAGAUUGACUCCAGCACUGUGGAGCGCAUAGACAGUGGGCAAAGUCCCAACGCAGUGCUCAUUCAGUUCUCAGUGGGGGAGCUCAAAGCCCAGGUGUGUGUUGAGGUGCUGGUGGAGUAUCCUUUCUUUGUUUUCGGCCAGGGCUGGUCAUCCUGCUGUCCCGACCGGACCACACAACUGUUUGAGUUGUCUUGUGCCAAACUGUGUGUCGGUGACGUGUGUGUGUCGCUGACCCUCCGCACUUUGAGAAAUGGUUCCCUGGCAGACAGUCAGGCUUUGGGAACAAAGCUGAAGAUGGGUUCACUCUCUGACCCGUCCCACUGCGUUGAUCCCCAUAUGAUGAACAGUAUGAAUCCCAACCAUCCGGGCAGUAAUGGUAGUCUCCUCAUGAAGGCUUCCACUGCCAACAGGUUGGAAAAACUGAACGUUUCUGAACCUGGAGUAGGAAAAACUGGUGGGCUAGUACCAUCUCCAGAACGGGCUGAGGGGAUGUUCAGAAGUGGACCAAUGCUAGCAGGCUUUGGGAGGGGAGAAUUAAGACAGGAAUCAGUAAAAACAGACAUAUCAGGCCUCUGUAAACUACAGUGUGCUGACCCAGAGAGACCUUUUGUUCGCAAGAGACGGUGGUCGGCUCCAGAACGUGACCAGACUGAGAGAGCUGAAGAGGAGCCUCCUGUUACUCUGCCUAAGCCCUCAUUUCUACCCCGGGAGGUCAAAAUCAGCAUAGAGGGCCACUCGAGAGCUGGAGGCGAAAGAUGCUUGAAGAAAAGAGUUGACUGUUAAGACAACUUUUAAAAACCUGUUGUUUGCUUUGUGUUUAGCCUAUCUCUUUUCACUUAAUCAUGACUACUGUAAUAUAGAGUUUUCACAGGAUUUACAUGUUUUCUUUCACACAAAAAAGAAGCAAAGUAGAGCACCUUGACAAGUGUAACACACAAGAUCAGUGCAAUCAAUGCUGAAAGCAACAAUGAAUGCAAAGUGAAUGUUGAUCAAGAAUGACAGACGUCUGUUAUAAGAUGGAGUCAGGUGGGACCCAAAUGAAGCACAGACCCCGUUAACACCGUGUUUGAAGAGGUGUGCCGAGAAAUAACUGGAAUGUGGAGUAAGAGACGUUUGGUGUUUUAAUGACAAUGUUUAAUUAGGUUGACGGAGAACUUUUUCUGUCUCAUUGAUCUGAUUUUACUAUCAUCUAUAAUUUUUACACUGUCAUGAUUGCCUGAGCUGCGGUGGGUGGUCUUGGUCCUCUGUACGAUUGUGUGUUUGUGUUUGCCUGUUGGCGUGUUUGGUAGUUUUGUUGUUGCUGUCAAACGGAGAACAGGAAAUGAGGUGAUACUGUUUGCUGCGAACUCGAUCAAAGUCUUGGAAAUCAUGACUAAGAAGGUUUGAAUGUAAUUCCCUUGAUACUGACUCAUGAAGUCAUGCAUGUGCUGUUUGUUACAACCCUGAUGUGUAAAAUGAGAAUGUGGGUCCCAGUCUGAUGCAAUGCUGUUGCAACAGGCUGCUCUCAACAGUUUUGUGUAGAUGAACUAUGGUGAUAUACUUUACUUUUAAACCUUGAGCUCUUCUCUGAAACUUUCUUUAAAGUAUUGCAUGUUUCAGGCUGCAUUAUUCGUGACUUCUGUUUAUUGAUUUUUAACAAACCAGUUAUGAAAAGUCAUAGUAUUUCCACAAAAUAUCAAUAAAUGAACUCAGUUAAAGCUAUAUGGAUUCAGCCCUUCUACUGAGAUAUGAAAUAUGGGUUUGUUAACUCAGCUAAAUGUUUUUGGACACAUAGGAACUGCCUCAAAAAGAUCCCAUAACUCAGCCCGGUGCAUUUGUACCAGUGCAUUAUUGAGAGGAAAAGCUGUAUUGAGAGGAAAAGCUAACAAAUUAAAACCAUAAAACAGGAGAAUGAAGCAGCACAGAAGUAAAAUAUGUUGUAGGGGACUAGUUGCUAACACCAACACCUCUGCCCUGAUAUUUAUCUUCAUAAAUAGAAAAACUGUUAAAAAAGUAAUGUCCCAUGAAUCUCAACCUUUAUAGACAGACUUAAUUUGGCAUUGAAGAGCCUUACCUCAGCACUCAGAUAAUUUAAUUCACUUUUACUGUGAUACUUUAAAGUCAUUUAUCUAACACAACAAAAAGAUUGACAAUACAUAAGGACUCUAAUACAAAAACUUUGCCUUUAGUAAAAAAGUACAGCCAUGCGUCCACUAAGAUUAUUACAGAAAAGAUUUUCAACACUUUUCAAAGAAUAACAUUAAACCAGCUCUAGGAUUAAAACUGUGGAUAGUCUAAUCAAUCUUGUUCUAUAUAAAGUAUCUUACUCAAGCUUGUUUACAGACCGACCCCCAAACUUUCCCAAAGCUGCUCAGGGAUUUAGCUAUUUAUAUCUUAAUAUAAAGGUUACACCAUAAAAAUAAAGCAACCACAACAAUAUUGUAUUUUUACAAGUACCAGUACAGACAAAUGGUUGUUAGCAUAAGAACAUAUGAGUCUUAAAUACAAGCUACUGUUAUUCUGCAGCCCAAUUGCCUCAAAAGUCAAAUCUCAAAUCUGAUGAUAAAAUUGCAUCCAAAGUAACCACAUUUUACCUGAAUGUUAAAAUUAUCAGGUGAUUUGCUAAUAUUCUGAGCUUAGUUGAUUUUUCCAAAAUGUAACUAGAAGAAUCUGGUGUUGGCAUACAAAAUAAAAUAGAGCAUUAAUGUUGCGGCACAGCAAGCUGGCGCAGUAAAUUAGAAAAGGUAGGUGGGAAACUUCCAAAAGUUAUUGCUUUAUAAGUUUGGUAAACAGCAGGUCAGAACUUCAGCAACAAAAACAUAAGCAAUUUUAUGUUUAUAUACAAGCUAGUACUUUGCUAGCUGAUUCUGCAAGUUAUUUCCAACAUUUAGUUGCAAGACAGAAAACCUGUACAGUUCAGUGACCAGCCUAUCACAAUGAGAACAAGUCUAAAACAAUGUACUUCUUUUGAGUACAACUUGGAACCUACUAGUAGCACUAAAGCCUAGCUAUUUGCGUUUGAAUGUCAGAUAAAGCAAAGACUCCUGAGACUGCUUAUUUCCUCAUUUCCAUGCCAAGUGGAAACUACAUAGCCAGAUAAAUAAUAUAUUAAGUGACUUGCGAACAUUACUUUAAUAUUAUUUGUUAGUAGCCCGCUUGAGCAAUUUUGUAUUACUUUUACUAAUUUUAAUUGAGUAAAGAUUGUUGCUGCUAUAGUUUGUUUCAUAAAUUUCCCACCAGAAUCGAUCUAAAGGCCCCAGAAAACAAUAGCUGUCUUUCUGUCUAAGUAAUGACAAAGGGGUUCAGGAUUAUGGGCGCCGGACUCGUUGUUGUUACCUUGUAUAUUUUACAGACACCAAGGCCUUGAUAUUUAGCAUGUAUCAAGUUUACAGCAGUAUGACGGGUUUUACCAUGAAUCCUCAACAUUGGUGUGCCUCUCUCAGGUCCAGACCUGAUAUAUUAGAGUACUGGUGUCAUGAUUAAACCACAUACUCUUUCUUUGUGCUUCUGUUCUAGAAAAAAAGAGACACUCUACAGUUCAUACUCAGGAAGAGAGCGUAGUAAACAGAUGGUAUGUUGUUGUAGUGUGUGUGUGUGUGUGUGUGAAGGCCUGAGAUAGUUUUCCCAUGUCAUUAGUCACGUGUAAGUGUUUGUGUGGAAAAGCAGCACUUUGAUGGAGCAUCCAGUGGGAGCUUGGUGGCAAUGGCAAACCUCUCAUGCAGUUUUUAGAUAUGAUGAUACAGUGUAAGAGACUGUUUCUCAACACUUUACAUGUUUUGGAGGUUUAUUACCGAGAAACCAAUUUAGAAUGUAAACGGACAUGAAGCAAACUUUAUUUUUCUGAGGAUUUAUAGAGCUACUAUCCAGAGAAAGACAGAGAUGAAGAGCUAACUAGCCAGCUAGUGCUGAUAAUGUACAGUGAAAUUGUAUCUUAGAAAGUGUACAGAGUGUAAUCUAACCUUUUAAUGUACUGUAUGUGCCACAACGCCUCCUUCAAUCAUUCCAUCGACUCACUGAUACCUACAAGUUCUGCUAUUGUUUGUUUCAACUCUGGUAUUGAUCAAAUGUUCAUGAAUGUGCUAUCUCUCUUUUGGAACCAUCAGCGUAGGUGGGACUCCUCAGAGUUUAGUUUGUUUUAAAAAUGGACUGCAGUUUAUCCUAAAAGCCAUUAAACUCCUAUGAGGUGUUUAUUGUAUACCCAGAAAUCAGACUGUUCUGUUUUUGUGUGACUGCUCAGGCUAUAUCUAAAAAAACAACAACACUGCCCUCUGACUGUUCUCCUCCAAUGAUGUGGUCUUAUAUCCUUCACUGUUACAAAGAAGAACUACUGUUUGUCUUAAUGACUAUUUUCUCUCUCCACACCCGACUCAUGUUUGUAGGUUUCAAAAGUGAAUUGUUUUUCAAAUACAGAGUUGACAUGUUAUGGCACAGACAAACCGAUGAAAUGUGGUGUUUAUGUUUGAAUAAAAUGUCUUGUGAUACGUUCAUGGGCUGAUGUAAAGGAAGUGGAUGUAGCAUGAUGAAAAUUGAUGAUCUGUUGUUUUUUUCUGAAGCCUUAAAUUUGGCAUUUGGGCCCAUUUUCACAUAUUUAUUAUCUGACCUGAUGUGAAUGCCAGGCAUUGAGAUGCUAAUGGUCCCCUUUGAACUUUUCUACCAGUUUUGUUUAGAAUAAUUUCUUGUUGCAAUAGGCAAUUUGAGACAUACAAAAUACAGAGUACAAAAUACAAUUAUAUGAAAAGCACAAACCAAUAAAAUACUAACAAUGUAUUUAGUAUAAGGCUUGAUAUUGAAAUCCCAAAAGGCUUGGCUAGUCGAUAGGCUAUGUGCAUAUAUAACAAUUAUAUUUUUUUAUAUAUUAAAACAUUUAUUCACAGAUGAGUUAAAAACAUAUUGCAAGUCAGUCAAAUAUAGAUUUUGCAACAUUGAAAGCAUUCUCUAUUGUCAGCAGUGAAACCCUCCAAGGCCAAGAACUGACUUUUUCAUCUGAAGGACUUAUAAUUCUUGGAUUUGACAUUUGAAUCACAUUAAAAAAACUCACUGGCCACUACAGUGAUACACUGGUUCGUUUAUUUGCAAUUUUUACUCCCAUUCCUUAAAAGUCAAAGGAAACCGAGCAUGUUGCUUGUUUAGGAAAGCUGUGUGAAAAAUGAUGGUGAGUCACAGAUUUUACUUACAGAAGCAAAAAACCUUCAGUCCCUCCAUGAAAGCUUGUAAAGACAUAGGGCUCAAGUGGCUCAGGUGGUAGGGGUUUAUCCUGUAACAGGUGGGUUGAUGGUGGUCAGAGGGCCCAGUGGCGCUGAUUGUAUGGCAGUCCCACUUUUGUCAGUCUGCCCCAGGCUACAAUGUAGUCUACAAAUGUGAAUGGGUGGAUGACUGUUUGCAGUGUAAAGCGCUUUGAAGUCCUUGGACCUGAAAGCGCUAUACAAGCGCAAGGCCAUUAACCAUUUAACAUGGAAGUCAAUACAGAAAACACUGAAGAAAAACAGUUUCAGUCUUUUUUAAAAUUUGUUAUAAAAAAAAGCAAAUGUGUCUGCCUUACUCUCUUUGAAGCAACUUUGUAGUUAAGUUACUUGCACUAAUAAUAAUGUUUGAACAUAGCCAAUAACUCAGUAUUUUUUCAUAGAAUUAUAUGAAAAAAUACUUUAUAUUUUACACAGGAUAUCCAGCUGUUAUUUUGUUAUGGCAGUUUUGGUGCAAACUGCCAUUGUGGUCAGAGCCUUUUUGCCAUCCCUAUCUGCAUUUUUAUUGAAGGUCUUGGUUUUUAGAUCAAAAUGCUAUGUCCACCUUUUACAUCGUCUGUGGUUACUGAAAGUUUUCUUACAGCCAACAAAUCCAUACUUUAUUCUGUCGGCUGAAUUAAACUGUAAUACACAUCUUUAUAAACUGUUCACAGAUGUUUUUUUGUUGUUGUUUUUUUCAUGUUAAAAAAGGUACAAAAAAUCUGCACUUAUACACUGUUGCCCCUGAAGUUAAAAUACUUACAUUUUUAGACACAUUCCUGUUUUCAUUGUGGUUUGUUUUCACUGUGAUAUGUUUGGAAUUGAUUGAUCAAUAAAAGACGAUUUACACAUAGAUAUGCACAUAAUAUGUCAAGAAAAAAAUCACAUAGUUUCAACCAUUUGAGAGAAGAGAUAAAGAAAAAUAUUUUAUUCUAACUUUGCGGGCAUCAGCGUAUAUUCAGUUAAGCCCAACAAUAUUCAUAGUCCUGGCAGAUUCUGAUUUUGAAUCCAGUUUUCAUUCCACCAAAAAGUUUAGUUUGGAUAGGAAAGGAGACAGAAUCUAUCAAAAGAUAAUCAAACAAUGUAAAGGAGUAGGCUUAACAAUUUUGGACAAAUGUUUUAUGUUUUUAUUUAAUUUUAAUAAAACAAUUACAUGUUGAAAAUUCUUCAUCCCAUACUCAAUAAUAGCAAUCAAGCCGACUGGCUUUUUACAUGUUUUCAUUGUUAUUUAGAUGAUUUGUCUUUGGUAAUGAGCACAAAGUCUUGGUGGAGGUUGGGAGGCCUCUUUGUCAUCACCCUAAUAUUUAGCUCCCUCCACUGAGUGUCAACCAGAUUUAAGACAGGACCCUGUAAAAAAAUACUUCCAGUUAAAAUAAACAUGUUGGCAAAACUAAAAGAUUACCUUAAACCUAAAUCUGCCAGAGGUGUGAUUAAUUUUGGCCUUAAAUGUACACUGUAUAUUUUAAAAGUUCCUUACUCAUUAGGGACCUACAGCAACCUCCACAAUUAUUGGCUUCCCUAAUAAAGAUGUGUAAAAAAGCCUGAAAAUAUUUGGUUGUUAUGGAGAUCCCAAGAUGCCAAUAUCUACCAUCCUCUUUACUUGCUUGGUGAAAAGAUGAAUGUUCUCGUCCAUCCCUUUUGUAACAGUUCAAUUAUUUAAGUUUUUAAUAUUGCUUUUACCAUAGACAUAAGCCAAUUUUAGUAAGAAACAAUUUUCCUAAAACCAUUUCCUGACUAAUGCAGAUGAACACAUAUCUGAUUUGCAUUAAUGGCAUGUUCUCCUAUCUUUCCUCUUUUCAAGAUUGACUAGAAGAAAUGGGCAUUUUAAUCAUGACAUAUUUAUUUAAUUAUAUUUUAAAGUUUCAGGAUGCACUCAUCUACCUAAAAACAGAGAAAUAUAAAUUCUGCAUAUAUUGUUAGAGAAAGCAAAGUACAGAGGCUACCAACCACCUUGUUAAUGGUCCCAAUAACUGUGUCACCAAUUAAUUUGUUAAAAAACAUUAUUUCUUACUUUGAAUGUGUUUUUUUUAACCCCCUGAAUAAAAUGGGAUCAAAUUAAAAGUGGGAUUUUUUUUUAUUUUCAAGUGUAAGACUUUGUUCAUGGAAUAAAAGAUACAUUCCUUUCAGGCUUUUUACACAUCUGUAGCAGGGAGGGCCAUUAUAUGUGGAGGGUAUAUUAUGUCAGCUUUGGACUGAGUCAGUGGAUGCUGUAGUAAACAUAAGCAGCCCAGAGUAAUAAGGCAAAAUGCUAAGCAUAUGAAGAAAAUGCUUGUUGGCUUCAGUUUUCUGAUGGGAUUUAUUGAACUUUAUCUCUGGGCUAAUAUGUAAGAAACCUGCUGAUGUAGACAACUUCAAAUAUGCUGCGAGUUAAACAGAGCAGUAAAAAUGAACAGGUGUAGAGUCUAUACCGUAAGAAAAAGGAAAGAAUAGAGUGCGAACAAAAUCAUUUGAGAAGUGGGGAUUACAUGUGCCACAGAUGUGAAGAGGUUUUAAAAUAGACACCAGCAUUAUUCAGAACGUUUUAUAUAUAUAAGGAACCAUUUUGGUUCACUAGCAGGUUAAAGACUGCCCCUGUAGAUUAGUAAUUUCACAGUUUUUCUGUACAAUGUUAAGAAUGGCAUAAAAGUGCCACAUUGUGGUGAUCUUUGAAACUGCACUUUGACUUACCGGUGAAUUAGAGUGAGGGUUUCGUUGUCACAAAUACAUAGAACAAACAAACGACCUGUCUAAGAAAUACCUUUUUGUCUGUUUGACAUCAUAACAAUCCAAUCUGUAAAUAGCCAAAGUCUUCCAUUAUAAUGUUGGUCUGUCCUUAUUCCCGCUGAAGAGAAGUAACUCUUACCCUCUUGUACAGACCUAUAAGAUGAUUUAAACGGUUAUUGUUCAGUUGAAUAAAACACAAGAUGUUACUUCACCUAAGAUGUUUCCUUUUGCACCAGCUCAAACAACCCAGGAAACAAUGGGAGUCAAAGACUUUAAAACAUAUUUUGUAAUUGGAGUCUGUUUGAAUGAAUCUCUGUAUAAGAUGCAGUGUGUCCUAGCAGUACAGUAUGUAGUAAGUACCAAUAAUGUUUCUUUAUUUUGAUGGUGUUGAGAUUUGCUGUAAAAUCCCUUCUUUAAAUGUUUGAUUUUACUUUUUAUCACAUAUAUUCAUGGAAAUAAAGAAUCUGAAGAAAAAUGCA